AUGUCGGUGUUUCGAAAGAUGCUGAUAGACUCGCAGCGUCUAGUUUAUCGAGAGCAGUGUCUCGGUGUUACGGAUAUUGGCUUCGAGGAGUACCUCUUCCUACGAUGGGACAUGGACCAUGCGUUUGCUACCAAGGCGGGCAACCGCUCGACCGUCCAUGGAGACGGGAUUCAUCCGGUCUACGCCUUCUGGACUCAGCAGUUCGUCGGGGUAGUCGACAACGUGCAGGCCUCUGUGGAUCACGAGGACUGGCUUUCUGGCGGCACUGAAGGAAGUGGGAUUGACUAUCUCAGCAUCAAUGCACGCAUCCUGUCCACGCAUGUCGAGGAGAAUCUUACGCCAUGGAGCCUGGUCACGGUGUUGAUCGACUUCACUCAGCUCCUGAGGCUACGUGCUGUACCACCUGCCUCUUCCGAGCGACUGCGCUUCACUGGCUCGACACUGUGGAGACCGACUACUAGCAAGCUCGGAAUAGGCGUGGAAGGCCCCGUGGACAGAUAUGCAACAUGA